AUGGGCUCACCUGAAACCUCGAAUCGUCAGAAGGAUUAUUCUUCACGGCGACAUUCUAGGUCCCCCUCGACAGAUUCCGAAGAAGAAAGAAGGCGGAGGAGGCGCAGGAGAGAGCGAGAGGCUGACCGUGGAUCAACUCGUUCCGACAGGCAUGAUGAUCGUUCCAGAGGCACGAGAGAUAAACAUGAAGAUAAAGUGAGAUAUCGCAGAAGGUCGCGUAGUCCAGUUGAUUCGGAUUCUUCUCGACAAAAAGACAAUCGAGAUUCACAUCGCAGAAGAUCGCGCAGUCCUCGACGAAAGGAUGAUCGAGAUUCACAUCGCAGAAGAAGAGAUAGAUCUCGCGACCAAAGACGAAUUAAGGAUGAAAAUGAUAACGACAAUACCAGGUCGCUGGAACCACCCACGAAGUCGGUAGCAUCUCGAAAACAAAACGGUCCGCUACCAUCCCAAGCUGCAUCGUUUCAGUCGAAGAAAGAUCCAUCCUCAACGGCUCUCGUAACCACCGGAGACGAGCCGGUACCAGAAAAAGAGAAACCGAAUUUGGGGCACACGGGAGUCUUAGCAGCAGCUUCCAAUACAAUUACACAGGCAGAUGGAAAUUCUAUUGUUCUAAAAUAUCACGAACCACCUGAAGCAUGCAAGCCACCAUCUAAAGACGACUGGAAACUUUUUGUGUUUAAAGGCGCCGACAUUAUUGAAACAAUUGAUUUGAGUGCGAAGAGUUGCUGGCUUGUUGGACGAGAACGUGCCGUGGUGGAUUUAGUUGCGGAACAUCCAAGUAUCAGCAAACAACAUGCCGUCAUACAGUUCAAAGCCACCGAGAAGAUGAAUGAAUUUGGAGAUAAGAUUCGCAAAGUCAAGCCAUACUUGAUCGAUCUUGAAUCUGCGAAUGGUACGAUGAUGAACAAAGAUUCGAUCGACGCGAGUCGAUAUGUUGAGUUAAUGGAUAAGGACAUGAUACAGUUUGGUCACAGUACAAGAGAGUACGUCCUAAUGUUGGCACCGAGAACUUAA